AUGGUUCUAUUGGCUGCCUCUGUGUGUACUCGUGAUGGUAAAGCUCUGGUGUCUCGACAGUUUGUGGAAAUGACAAAGGCAAGGAUUGAAGGAUUAAUAGCAACAUUUCCAAAGCUUCUUGGGACAGGUAAACAACAUACAUUUGUGGAAACAGAAUCUGUGCGGUAUGUUUACCAACCUUUGGAAAAAUUGUAUGUUCUUCUGAUAACUACCAAAGCUAGCAAUAUACUCGAAGAUUUGGAGACAUUACGGCUCUUUGCACGUGUGAUACCGGAGUAUGCUUGUGGUACCGAUGAAAACGAUGUACUGACACAUGCUUUCCAACUUAUUUUCGCAUUUGAUGAAAUCAUAGCUCUAGGCUAUAGAGAAGAUGUCAACCUGUCACAAAUUCGAACAUAUACGGAAAUGGACUCACACGAUGAACGCGUGUUCCGUGCUGUACAGGAGAACAAAGAACGUGAUGCUAAAGAGCAAAUGAAACAGAGAGCACGUGAACUACACAAGCCCGACUAG